GGCGCGGACCCUGUGCGAGCCGCACACCCCAAACCAGCGUGCACAGAGCAAUAACAUCGAGAAACGUAGAGCUUCUUUCAAAAUACUGAUUUCAUUUUAAAUGGUACAUCGGAAGAGUUAAUACGUGUUGUUACUGUUCACUUUGAAAAAACGUUUUUGUUAAUUUAAGUGUUGUUUAGUUUGUUAAUCAUGGAGGCUAUUGUUUUGUCGCCGCCAAAUACACCCCCGCUCAAAAAUAUAUCUGAAGAUGAGUCUUCUCAACCUGCAGUCUUCCAACAUCAAACCACAUUCAUCGGAAACAAACGAUCUGUAGCGGUUGCCUUUCCCAACAUUUUGACGCCACAACCCUCCGACUCGGAAUCAGAGGAGUUGGAUUGCCAUCAAAUUAAAAGAAAAUGUUUGAAUGACAGCGAAUUAGCGAGACAGUUAAUGCGGCUAACGCCUCCUCCAGAAUUGGAAAGAAGCGCACCUUCGCGAACUGUCUCAGUUAUAAUGAAAGCAAACAAAGACGGUACAUGCAUCCCGAUGCGAAUCCCUCAGGAACACCCCAAGGAAGAGAACAUUGUCAGGAGUUUAAAGUUCAAGAUGGGCAAUAGAAGAAAGGAGUUCACCUAUGAAGCACCAAAAGAGGAUGUGCGCGAAAAAGAAGUGAGAAUACAGCCUAAAUUGUCUGUACCAAUGCACAUAGCUCCAAAGUUCAUUCAAACUCAACAACCAACGAUCUUCAUUUCAACUGAUGGUCCCGUACCUACUCAAAUAGUUCUUCUGGCACCCCCACAACAAAUACCACCAGUUCGCAGAAGAGUUUACGAGUGCAAACAUCCUGGUUGCACCAAAAACUACUUUAAAUCCUCCCAUCUGAAAGCCCACAACAGGAUUCACACAGGCGAAAAACCUUUCGUUUGCCAAUUUGAAGACUGCGGCAGGAAAUUCUCGAGAUCAGACGAGCUGUCUCGGCAUAAGCGCGUUCACACGGGAGAGAAAAAGUUCAGAUGUGAAGUUUGUGAUAGGCGGUUCAUGCGGUCCGAUCAUUUGGCGAAGCACGUCAAAAGACACGCCAAAGAAAAAACCGCCGUGAGUAGUAAAGCUGGUCUGGUUCCUGCUGUACUCAGGCCGCUGCAACCUGCACCGUUGGUGUUGCAGCAGUAAGUUGAUGAAAGAAAGACUGUGUUAAGUUUUGCAAAGUUUAUUGCAUACAACUAUAUGACUGAUUAGUAGGAUAGUGUUCACUAAGUGAACUUCACUUGUAUAUAGACAUUCCAAGAUCAUUAACCAUUUAAAAAAAAAUUAUCUGUGAUUUUAGUAAUAGCGACAAUAUUUAUUUUAAUUGUAGUAUUGUUUUUAUAGAGAAAAGAUUAAAAUUUAUUAUUAAUACAUAAUAAACAAGUUUUUUAUAAAUA